GGCCGCGGCUCGCUCCCCGCCGGCUCCGCCGCAUUGUUCUCCAAGUCGGGAGCCCCGCAGCCGCGGCUGCCAGAGCCGCGCGAGCCCAGCGCACCGGCCGCCCGGCCGCCGCGCGGGGGACCCGGAGCCGCCGCGGGAGCCCGCGCCCCGCCCAGCCCGCCGCGCCCCUGCCGGGACCCAGCCGCCGCCGAGGCUGAGCCAGCCUGCGCCUCACCAGGCUUGCUCACCUCCUGGCGCCCGAGAGCAGGCGAAAGGGGAAGAAAGAUCCCUCUCCCGGGUCGCCACUCUUCCUCGCCCUCUCCAAGAAUUUGUUUAAGGAAGCGCUGCGGGAAGAAGACAUCUUCGUGAAUUCUCCGUCAGGGGCGGGGUCUGCCGCUGCCCUGCGGUGCCAUCUCGGCGACACUGCCCUCCGCUACGACCCCGGACCAGCGGGGUCACGUCCGGGAACGGGAUCAUGAAGCGUUCGGUGGCCGCUUGGCUCUUGCUCGGGCUCACUCUCUGUGUCCCCCAGUUCUGCAAAGGCGAUAUUUGUGAUCCUAAUCCAUGUGAAAAUAGAGGUGUCUGUUUGCCUGGAGUGGCUGAAGGUUCCUUUUCCUGUGAGUGUCCAGGUGGCUUCACAGACUCCAACUGUUCUAGUAUUGUGGAGGUUGCAUCAGAUGAAGAAGAGCCACCGACUACAGCAGGUCCCUGCACUCCUAAUCCAUGCCAUAAUGGAGGAACCUGUGAAAUAAGUGAAGCAUACCGAGGGGACACAUUCAUAGGCUAUGUGUGUAAAUGUCCCCGAGGAUUUAAUGGGAUCCACUGUCAGCACAAUAUAAAUGAAUGUGAAGCUGAGCCUUGCAAAAAUGGUGGAAUAUGUACAGACCUUGUUGCUAACUAUUCCUGUGAGUGCCCAGGUGAAUUCAUGGGAAGAAAUUGUCAAUACAAAUGCUCGGGCCCGUUGGGAAUUGAAGGUGGAAUCAUAUCAAAUCAGCAAAUCACAGCUUCCUCCACCCACCGAGCUCUUUUUGGGCUCCAGAAAUGGUAUCCCUACUAUGCACGUCUUAAUAAGAAGGGGCUGAUAAAUGCCUGGACAGCUGCAGAAAAUGACAGAUGGCCAUGGAUUCAGAUAAAUUUACAAAGAAAAAUGAGAGUUACUGGUGUGAUUACCCAAGGAGCCAAGAGGAUUGGAAGCCCAGAGUAUAUAAAAUCCUACAAAAUUGCCUACAGCAGUGAUGGAAAGACCUGGGCAAUGUACAAAGGGAAAAGCACCAUUAAAGAUGUGGUGUUUCAUGGAAAUGUUGAUAACAACACACCUUAUGCUAACUCUUUCACACCCCCCAUAAAAGCUCAGUAUGUAAGACUCUAUCCCCAAGUUUGCCGAAGACAUUGCACGUUGAGAAUGGAACUUCUUGGAUGUGAACUAUCGGGCUGUUCUGAGCCUCUGGGGAUGAAGUCAGGACAUAUACAAGACUAUCAGAUCACUGCCUCCAGCAUCUUCAGAACUCUCAACAUGGACAUGUUCACUUGGGAGCCAAGGAAAGCUCGGCUGGACAAGCAGGGCAAAGUGAAUGCCUGGACCUCCGGCCACAAUGACCAGUCACAAUGGUUACAGGUGGAUCUUCUGGUCCCUACCAAAGUGACCGGCAUCAUUACACAAGGAGCUAAAGAUUUUGGUCAUGUCCAGUUCGUGGGCUCCUAUAAACUCGCUUACAGCGAUGAUGGAGAACACUGGACUGUAUACCAGGAUGAAAAGCAAAGAAAAGACAAGGUUUUCCAGGGCAAUUUUGACAAUGACACCCACAGAAAAAACGUCAUCGACCCUCCCAUCUAUGCACGGCACAUCAGAAUCCUCCCCUGGUCCUGGUAUGGGAGGAUCACGCUGCGGUCGGAGCUGCUGGGCUGCAAAGAGGAGGAGUGAGGAGACCCCAUGCCCCACAACCUUCCUCUCUAUUUUCCUAAAAGUAUCUCCAUGGAAUGAACUGUGCAAAAUCUGUAGGAAACUGAAUAGAGUUUUUCAUGAAAAAGUGCUCAAAUUAUGGUAGGCCACUGUCUUUUUAAGGAGGUCUAAGCCUGCCUUUUCAAUCGUUUAAUUUGAUUUUUAUUGUUUAAAUUUCUUAAGUAACAUCACAUUAACUGUGAAUUACUUUUCUCAUUGUUUUCUGAAUUAUUCACACUGGUUGAAAUGUAUUCGGGAAAGAAAGCAGCAUUCUUUUGUUAGCAAGGAUAAAAAAAAUCUCAUAGUUAUCAAAUAAAAGCACGAGUUGAUAGAGCCUUUAUAAUCAGUACUCAGCUAAUUCUUAUAAAAGACAUACUGCAAUGUUAGCAAUAAGGGGUUUUUUUCCUUCUGUCAUGACUCUACAUUAUCCUCGUUGUUUCCCCGUGUCUACCAGACCUGUCAGUGUUUAUAACAGAAUUUUGAAGAAGAACCUGUAACAUGCAGUACUAACUGAUGUUAUAAUUCUCCUUUUAGCUUCAUUAUUUCUAAUCAGAGACUGUGUGAUUUGUUUUUCCUUUUGGCUCUAUUCUAUAGCCUUCAUAGUGUAUAUUUCCUGAAUCAGUCCAUAUUUUUUCCAAUUAAGUUUUCUCCUUUUAUUUGCCUAAAAGAACUAUCACGCUUGUUCAUAUAUAUGGAACAUGAUUGAAUAUCAGUAGGUUGAUCAUGUUUAAUAUCAGUAGACUUAAUCUGCAAUUCUAUUUUGAAGGACUCUGUAACUAUGUAAUUUCCAAAUACUUCCUUAAUAAAGAACCCAAUGCUACCAUUUUGCAAAAUAAACAACAAAAUUUUGUUAUGUCCCUUUACACUGAAAUCUAAAUCUUCAUUUUGUUGGUAUUGACACAGCCUUAUCUUUACUUUAAAAUAAUAGAAUAAUGAAGUCUUUCUUUGUCUAUUUUAAAAAAAUUUUUAGCAAACAAAUAUUAAGAUAACACUGCAUAGCUUGGCCAAGCAUACUCAUUAUUUUUCUGUUCAUCUCUGCAUUUCCUGUGAAACUGGAAUUUUAUUGACAUUUGAAACUGGUGGUGGUUUCCCAGGAAAGCACAAUGUGUAGUUAUUUGUGAGAAGAAAAGUACUUACUAAUGACAAAGUAGUAAACCAUUUUCAAGAUGAAAAUUGAUUUCUAUUUUUUUUGCUUCAAAGGUCCUGAAAAAAUAAGCAAUUAUCAUAACAAUUUGUUAUUGAUAAUGGUGGUUUCAUUGACAUGGCUCUCAAAUUAAAGCUCAUACUGCCUCCAUAAAAGUCCUCAACAUCUAAUUUAUGAGCUUUACAAGUAUUUAGUUUAUAAGGCUUAGACAUAGAAUUAUUGGAGUUUUAAAUUACGGGUCCUGGAAAAGACAGUAUGGUAUGUGUACAAAAUGUUUGGUCCUGUGCAACACUGCGAAGUUUUUUCCUUUAUUAAUUAUUUGUGCUGCAUAAUGAAAACCACCUGUUAUUGUCCUGUCUGUCCAUGUGUUAACAGCAUUCCUCAAUGAUGUAUAUAUGGAGGGGGCUUCAACCAUAGUGAAGAAUUUAAAGAGAAAGUCAAUCAUAACGGCAUUUUUAAAAAGAGCAAAAUUAGGACUGGCUGGCCACAUAUUUGUCCUAUGCCUACUUGCUUUCUACUUCAAGUUCUUAUUAUGAAAUUGUCUAUUUGGAGCGUCUGAAAUGAUCAUUUUUCAGCACCUUCACAAACAAAAUUGCUGUGUCCUCAAUAUUGCCUUUUUUAGAUAACUUUAAAAUUAGGAAUUUAAAUAUUUUUAAUUCACUAAAUUUUAAAGUCAUGUUACAAAUAAUCACUUAGGUCCAAAAAUAUACACACACUUACUGUCUAGCCAUUGGCCCUCAUUUGUUUAAAGAUAUCCUGUCCCACCAAAUUGCUGGAUAUUUUCCUUUGCAGAUUAUUCAUGGUUCUUCAUUCUUCACAGAGUAUGCUUUAAAAAUUAUGAGUAACGCUUUGUAAUGAGUUCCUUUCUCAAAAUUACUAAUGGCUUCUUAUUAUGUUUUGAAUUUUAUUCUAUUGAUAGUUUUUUAAACAAAUAUUUUCAAAUGGGGUUUGUUAAAAUUAUAUUUGUUACUUUCUGGAAAUACAUUGAAUGGCUUUCUCUUGCUUGUGCAUUUUCUCUCUGCUCUGUGUGUUCUUCACCAACAUGGCAUGACCAAUGGGAUAUUUAUUUGUCCCAUGAUGCCCAAAAUUCAUGACAAUAAAGAGAUUCCCACAUGUGGAAAUGUUAAUAA